GCGGGUUGGUAGCUAGUGGGUACCAGAGCCUCGAAUGGUGGGAACAGCCAGCUUUAUCGACACCAUCCGUAUCGUGUCUAACCUCUACGGUGUGUUCGAGUUCUCGCUGCAUUCUCAAAGAAAUAGAUUACGGCGAAGGCCGUCAAAGUCAUCUUCCUCCUUGCAAAUAGGACACGACCUCGCAAAGCGCGGGGCUAGCGCUUGGUGGACUAUUCGCCUGUCUAUCUCUGAUUAUUUUUCUCCAGGAGCUCAUCUCUCGAUUCGUCUCGAACUCCUGUCCGCAAUCCAUUCCUUUGGCAGUCUCCCGAACUAGAUUCCAACGCCAGCUCGCUACCCACUUAUCCUUUUCGUGUUCUCAAAACCAUCGCUUUCAACGUUCACUAUCGCCGCAAAGGACAGUUGCGCAAUCGAUGUGGUGGCGGGGACGGAGCCAGCUUGGAAGACCAAUGGAAAAGAUACUUACGAUUUGGAGACCGCCUCUGGUAAAGACAAUUCCAACGCAUGCGGAUUGGUAAGUCAAAAUGUUUACUGAUCGUUUCUUCCCUCGGAUUGUCCCUACCACAUAAGUGUUGCCACCGUAUCAUAUCCGAUAACAAUCUGACGACCGGGGACCUCGUCCAGCGGCUGUCGACGCAUAAGACCGAAGAACGUUUCAAGGAAAAUGUCGAAGCCGACUUCAACUCCACGGGAUAGUUGCCAGUUGGCCACGAUAAAAGUCACCUUGAACGACAUGCUCGAGUUGCAGAACCACCCCUCCGAGAGAGAUACGAGCCCAUUUCCCCCCAUCUCCCUUCGACGCCUCGAUUCACAGUAUCCAUGCUCUUCUUCCCUUGCCCCUCUUGCUCCCGCCAAACUUUCCGGCUGUUCAGUAUCCGAAAGUGAGGCUCUGGCCGAAUAUACAUUAAUUUCGAAUGGAUUAACCUGAACGAGGUUGAAGAUUGUACUGUGUAAUACUGUCACCGACCUAUAUGUGGCGGGUGGCAAGCACGUACAUAUACAUGUUUGGCAUCGUCGCUAGGGCUUUUCAAUUCUAACUUUGAACCGACCUCAAUCAUGUAAUUCAAACUCAGCCAAGUCGAACCCAACGCGUCAAAUUGGGUAUUUCAAACUCAGCCAGGUCGCGAAAUUUAGAAUUGAAAAGCUCACUACUGUGUACACGGCAGCGUCUGCAACGUGUUCGCGCGUUACCUUCCACCCUUCUGCCCAUUCACAAUAAGUCUGCGACGCCCGAUCGAAAUUGUCUUCACCUAUCUCAUGACCAAAUAACAACUCCUGGUGAAGGACUCGCGACAUCUUAUCCGAAAGUCUGAUACGUUCCCAACCAUGCCAUCGAAGUUUAACCUCGACCGAGGCACAGCCGAGUCGCAACCUCCUCGUGUUUGGCGCAGAAUACGUCGACAUCUUGCUCGAAGAUUUGAUAUGGUCUCCAACAUGAUUACGAAGUCGAACCUUGACCAUAGUACGGCAUCGCAACCUCAGUGGGCAUUCAACCAACCUCAGGUUUACCUCUCCUCUGCCUCAACCCCCGAGCUUGUUCACAACGAUAUCUCUUCUCCGUGGCUUCCUGAACACAAUCCGGAUUUCUCUAGCAUAUACUCCCCACGGCCUUCACGUUCUAGCGUCGGAUUAGUUCGAAGUUAUGAGGAACCCGACGAGCCCAACCCUCUUCGUGCCAUUAAUACACAUACUGUCAAUAGCCUGCACCUUCACGAAGGAGGGAAAUUCUGGGAGGAGGCGGAAACCACUGAUCUUGAGGGCAAAGGUAAACCCUUGUUAAGCUAUCCUCCUUCAGCGCGACCCAAGGGCACGUCUGGCUAUGACAAGCAGUAUGGAUUUAUCGAUGCCAUGAACGGCCCUUCCCUCACCAAUUCCAUGAGCGCUCAGCUAUCAAGGAAGACCAAUAGGCUACUUCCCAAGGUUCCAGAAGGUCGACCCCAAAGAGUUAUCGACAACGAGCAACCUGGAGUCAGCGAUGACAGGAAUGUACCUUAUUCCCGUCCUGCUGCAUGGGGGUCUCAUUAUCUGGGUUCCAGGCCGGCUGUUCCAGGUCGCCCUCUGGAUGACGAGUUUACGUGCGACGAGGAACGCGAUCACAACCCCAACUACGUUGAACCUGUCCCCCAGCCCUCCCGCUAUUCCCCCCACAGUCAAUACGCGUCACAAGGAACGACUAGUACCAUCAGGAAUGCUGAGUCUGUUCAGGCGUUCUCUGGACCCAUCCAACAUCUUAGGAUAGGCCAUGCGAUGUUUAAUAAUCUUUCUCGAGGUGAUCAAUACAAUCAAAAUUUCUAUACUCGAGACUUACUGUGGGACACGAUCGCAGACGUCGGAGCUUCCCAUAAUUCUGAAAUACAGGUUGAACGGGGCCAUUGCCUUCCCGGAACCCGUGAAAUAGUACUCCGACUGAUCCAUGAAUGGGGGGUUUCGGGGGGUCGGGGCCCACCAGUGUGUUGGCUUUCUGGCGCUGCGGGUGUAGGAAAGUCGGCUAUCGCGUUGACAGUUGCCAAGGAAUGGGAGAAAGAUGGACUUGUUACUUCCUUCUUUUUUCUCAGAUCGGACCCAAAGCGUAACAACCCUUCCUCCCUCAUUCUAUCAAUUGCACACGGUCUCGUGGUGACGAGACCAUACCUACGACCUGCCGUCAAUAAGAGAAUCACCGAUGACCCCCGUGUCCUCAAAGCCAAGUUGGAAGAUCAAUAUAACCAACUCGUUCUAGCCAAUCUGAACAACUCUUGUCCCCCAUCCACCGAAAGGAGCCCGGACCUUAUCGUCAUUGAUGGCCUCGAUGAAUGCAGUGAUGCUGCUACGCAGCAACGUAUCCUCUCCAUUGUUUUCUCCACCUAUCAACAAUCACUUCAUUCUCCAUUACGGUUCCUCAUAUGCAGUCGUCCUGAAUCUUGGAUCCAGGAAUCCUUCGAGUCUCACAAACUCAGCUGUCUCGCCAGGCACAUCAAACUGGAUGAUGGAUUCAAACCCGAAUACGACAUCGAGCUUUACUUUGAAAAACUCUUUCGGGACAUACGCGAGGACCCCAAAUAUUCACAUGUCCAGUUCCCAAACCGUUGGCCAUCUCCUGGGGAUGUUCGGUUACUGGUUAGAAAGGCUGAUGGCCAGUUCAUCUAUGCUUCAACCAUCAUAAAGUUCAUCAAGACCGACUUCGCACUUCCAACUAAUCAGCUCCGUAUCAUUCUUGAUGUUAUAUCCACCAAACCAUCCAACUCACAGUCGACACAUUCCCCAUUCAAUGACCUUGAUGAACUCUACUGUAUCGUGUUACGUGCCAAUCCUGACCACGAUAAGCUCCUCCUGCCCAUCCUUGCGACAAUCCACAUUCUGAACAUUCUCCCAUUGAAAAAAGAUUAUCUUUUCCCUAGCGAUGGGUUGCCUGAUAUUCCGUCCUCCCCAGCUUUCAUUGAACUUCUACUUGGAUUCUCUACUGGCAUGGUUGCUCUCACAUUGCGUGCAAUGCACUCAGUGCUCGACGUCCAUGGCCAGCAAACUGAUAUCCGGGUUUAUCAUAAAUCCUUUACCGAUUUCCUCUUCGACCGUGCACGUUCAAGGGAAUUCUCUAUAGAUAAGUCCAAGUGGAAAUACUUCUUGGCUUGCCGGUGGACUAGGGUUCUUACUGAGCAAUGCCGUUGCAACCCCGAGCUGCUGAGAUAUGGAUAUGAUGGGGACAAGGCGGCUGGCUCAGAUUUGCAGAUUCUUGUGAAUCAAUGGAAUAUGUUUUGUCUCCCGGCAGACUAUAAUGAUGCAAAGAGCGAGUUGCUGUUGGAGCUGGAUUCUUUCUACUCCACAGCUUUGGCUUCGUCAAUCUUGCCAAAGUUGGGGAAGGACGUACUCCUUCACAUACUUGCCUCCACUCUUUUACAUCCAUCUUGUGGAGGUCUACCCACCCCCCGUUUCAUCCGGCUAUUAUUGGGACUUCAGAGGGACGAUUUAGCUCAGCAAUUGGGAGCAAUGCACAAGAUUAUUCAGACAUUGGGAUUCAUUGAUAAGUCGAGCUUCAAUUACUAUGCCGAUGACAUUUUCCCGCUCUUUCAUUUUACAUUUCUUGAUUUUCUCUUUGACAAAUCUCGGUCAAACACAUUUUUCAUCGAUAGGGACUAUUAUUGCAACUUUUAUGCACAGCGAUGCCUUUGCGUUCUUCAGACUAGUGAGGGUGGUGAAAACCAUAUGUUGUUGAGAAACUGGUCUUGCAUCUGCAUCGCCGUCGACAAACCUAACGAGGAAUUGUUGCGCGAAAUUGGCCGUAUGGAUGAUCUAGGCGACAUACUCGACAAGAAUUUAUUAAACACCGAUUUGGACGACACCGAUUUAGAUCAUUCCAUGCUCUGUUUGUGUCGUCUAUUUAGUGGCCUUGGAAAUAUCGCAACCUGGCUCAGAUUGAAGGCCAGUGAUCGUCCAAAUCUUUCAAGCGUUAUUGAUCGCUUCGAGAGCGUCCAAACGGGGUUUGAUAUUCGCAGUACGAGGCAAGAUGUUGAGUCUGGAUUGCACGAUGACAUCGUAACUAUGAUCAUCCUCUCCACUCUAUCAACCGAUACCUGGAACUGGUGGUUCUCUUGCGAUUCAGUGAUAACGCGCCUAUGUAACGCCAAGGAGUACCGCUCCGAGGAAGGUCACUACUUGGUCAAGGUGAAAUUGUCUUCGGUCAUGUUCUGCGGGUGUUCCAGGAUUGGAUGUUCAACGACCUCCACCUUCAACCUGGAUUCCGACCGCCUUACAACUCCGAUUCCCGGCGCAGUAGAUUUGUAUCACAUCAAUGUCAAAGCUGGUUAUGUUCAGGUCCUUGAAAGACUUGUAACGGAGUUGCAGUCAACAGAGGAUAUUAAAGAGCAGGAGGAUAUAGUCGAUAACAUACUGGCAAGCCCUUCGAGUUUAUUGGUGCGAUGCGUUCCCCGACCUGAACUCCUUCCCCUUUGUCGAACGGUGUUGGAUAUCGCUAAGAAGCUGGGACGAGGUGACGAGCUGAACUAUCGCCAAAGGCUAUAUAGCAAGGAGUCGCAAGGCAGGCUACUAUCAUGGCUCGAGUCCUUCCCUGCCGAAUUUGCUCAGGAAGUCGGAACUCUGAAAAACGAUAUAAUAUCGCUAUUCGGUGUGGACCGUACUUUCCACUAUUAUUCUAUUCCCAUUCGUCGGUAG